AUGUCAGAUAUUCUAGAAACAAUAGUAAACAAAAAGGAGGAAUGGAUUCAUGGUAAGGAUCACAAACAAAGAAAUGCUCUUCACCAUGCGGCUUCUAUAGGUUACCUACAUGGUGUUCAGUUCUUGCUUGAAAGUUGUGAUACAUGUCAUAUGGAAAGAGACAAAGAUGGAUUUUUUCCUCUUCAUUUGGCUUCUGCAUAUGGGCAUACUGAAGUGGUAAAGAAAUUGCUUGAAAUUUGCCCAAAUCCCAGAGAAAUAGUUAAUAACAAAGGUCGAAAUAUCAUUCACAUUGCAGCUAUAAUGGGUCAAUUUAAUGUGAUAAAGUACAUCUUGCAAAAUGCAAAAGAUGAAGUUAAAGAUAUGAUAAAUGACAAGGAUUAUGAUGGAAACACUCCCUUGCAUCUGGCUGCCUCAUAUUGUCAUCCAAAAGUUGUGCAAGCCUUGACAUGGGACACAAGGGUUGAUCUACAUUGGCUUAACAACAACAGUCAAACAGCUCUCGAUGCUUUUGAGCAAUUUAAACAAGAAGAUAAUCCGCCCUUCCCACAGCGGCUAACAUGGUGUCUACUAAAAUCUGCUGGCGUACAAAAUGCUAAAAGAGGGUUACCGACUAUCGAUAUCCCUUUCCCCGAAAGGCCACAACCCAAAAGCACAGAAUUUUAUAAAGACAGAAUCAACACUCUUAUGGUGGUUUCAACCCUUAUCACUACAGUAGCAUUUGCCGCAGGUUUUACUUUGCCUGGUGGAACUAAUAGUUCUGCUCCAGAACAAGGCAUGGCUAUUAUUUUACCUCACGUGUGGUUUAAAACAUUUAUGUUCUGCAUCACAGCAUCCAUGUACGGUGGUAUUAGUGUCACUAUUAUACUCAUUUGGGCUCAAUUAGGAGAUAUAACUUUGGCUCUUUUUGCUCUUGAUGUGGCAAUACCCCUUUUAGGAGUCACUCUUGCAACCUUAUCAGUGGCAUUCUUGGCUGGUGUCCACCUUGUUAUAAGCAAUCUCAGUUGGUUGGCCACUACUAUUAUGAUUUUGUGUGUGAUCUUCAUUCUUCUGCUUUUGUUGCUGUACAUUCUUCUCUGGUUGCCCUCAGCAUCAAGCAACCUAAUAAUGCGAUGGAUUUCUUAUUUUCCUUUCAAGAUUCUCACAUGGUUAUUUGAGAAAAAUUCAACUGAAGAGGGAGAUGCUUCUUUGGAGGAAACCCUUGAGGAAGGAUUCAUUGCUGAAGCAAAUCUUGUAGAAGUUGAAGUGAAGGCCGAACAAUGA